CCUCCCGCCCUGCGCGUCCAUCUGGGUGGGUGCGUGAGCGAGGGCGAGCGCGGGCCGCGGUGCGCUGUGGGAUACGGCGGUAUAUAGUCUAUCCUCGGCGCGGCGAUAGCGAGGGGGUCAGGCGGGAGCGGGGCAUGAAGAUGGCGGACGCCAAGCAGAAGCGGAACGAGCAGCUGAAGCGCUGGAUCGGCUCUGAGACCGACCUGGAGCCGCCCGUGGUCAAGCGCAAAAAGACCAAGGUGAAGUUCGACGACGGCGCCGUCUUCCUGGCUGCCUGCUCCAGCGGGGACACGGAGGAGGUGCUGCGGCUGCUGGAGCGCGGCGCCGACAUCAACUACGCUAAUGUGGACGGGCUCACCGCGCUCCACCAGGCUUGUAUAGAUGAUAACGUAGAUAUGGUGAAAUUUCUGGUGGAAAAUGGAGCAAAUAUUAAUCAACCAGAUAAUGAAGGCUGGAUACCUCUACAUGCAGCUGCUUCCUGUGGAUAUCUUGAUAUAGCAGAGUAUUUAAUUAGUCAAGGAGCACAUGUAGGAGCUGUAAAUAGUGAAGGAGACACCCCAUUAGAUAUUGCUGAAGAAGAGGCAAUGGAAGAGCUGCUUCAGAAUGAAGUGAAUAGACAAGGGGUUGAUAUAGAGGCAGCUCGAAAAGAAGAGGAGCGAAUCAUGCUUAGAGAUGCACGACAGUGGCUCAACAGUGGCCAUAUAAAUGAUGUCAGGCACGCGAAAUCUGGUGGUACAGCACUUCAUGUUGCUGCUGCUAAGGGCUAUACAGAAGUCUUAAAGCUUUUAAUACAGGCUCGCUAUGAUGUAAAUAUUAAAGAUUAUGAUGGCUGGACACCACUUCAUGCUGCUGCUCACUGGGGUAAAGAAGAAGCAUGUCGCAUUUUAGUGGAAAACCUUUGUGAUAUGGAGGCUGUCAACAAAGUGGGGCAGACAGCAUUUGAUGUGGCAGACGAGGAUAUUCUAGGAUACUUAGAAGAAUUACAAAAGAAGCAAAAUCUGCUUCAUAGUGAAAAACGUGAAAAGAAAUCUCCCCUAAUUGAAUCCACAGCUAACUUGGAUAAUAACCAGACACAGAAAACAUUCAAAAAUAAAGAGACAUUGAUCAUGGAGCAAGAAAAGAAUGCAUCUAGUAUAGAGUCUCUGGAGCAGGAGAAAGCAGAUGAAGAGGAAGAGGGAAAGAAGGAUGAAUCCAGUUGUUCCAGUGAGGAAGAAGAAGAUGAUGACUCAGAAUCCGAAGCGGAGACAGAUAAGACCAAAACCUUGGCUAAUGCAAAUACCACAAGUACACAAUCAGCAUCGAUGACUGCUUCAGUAGCUGGAGGUCAAGGGACACCCACAUCACCUCUUAAGAAGUAUGAUUUCAUUCCUCCUCUCAUGCCUGUCGUGGAGUCAGUAGAUCCUGCAUCAUGGAGGCAGGGCUUGCGCAAAACUGGCAUUGUUCUUGUGCCCAAUAAGGGUGAAAAGGCAAUGUUUCCAACAUCUACAACCAAGGUUUCUCCCAAAGAAGAAGAAAGGAAAGAUGAAUCUCCUGCUUCAUGGAGGUUAGGUCUUCGAAAAACUGGUAGUUAUGGUGCACUUGCAGAAAUCACUGCUUCAAAAGAAGCUCAGAAAGAAAAGGACUCUGCAGGUGUUAUACGUUCUGCUUCAAGUCCUAGACUUUCCUCUUCAUUGGACAACAAAGAAAAGGAGAAAGAUGGAAAAGGAACUAGACUUGCCUAUGUUGCACCUACAAUACCAAGACGACUGGCCAGUACCUCUGACAUUGAUGAAAAAGAAAACAGGGACUCGUCUGCUAGCUCAAUACGUAGUGGCAGUUCCUAUGCAAGGAGAAAAUGGGAGGAAGAUGUCAAGAAAAACAGUUUGAAUGAAGGUCCUACAUCCUUAAACACAAGUUAUCAAAGAAGUGGCUCCUUUGGUAGAAGACAAGAUGAUUUGAUUAGUUCUAAUGUUCCAAGUACUGCAUCAACAGUUACCUCUUCUGCUGGUCUUCAGAAAACACUGCCUGCCAGCGCAAACACUACUACAAAGAGUACAACGGGUUCAACUUCAGCAGGUGUACAAAGCAGUACCUCAAAUCGUUUGUGGGCUGAGGAUAGUACUGAGAAAGAGAAGGACAGUGUUCCCACAGCAGUGACGGUUCCUGUUGCACCAUCUGUUGUAAAUGCUGCGGCCACUACCACAGCCAUGACUACAGCUACUUCUGGCACUGUGUCCUCAACAUCAGAGGUCAGGGAGAGACGGAGAUCAUACCUCACUCCAGUACGGGAUGAAGAGUCAGAGUCCCAAAGAAAAGCCAGAUCCAGGCAAGCAAGACAGUCCAGAAGAUCUACACAGGGUGUAACACUGACAGAUCUUCAGGAAGCUGAAAAAACUAUAGGAAGAAGUCGUUCCACACGAACCAGAGAGCAAGAAAAUGAAGAGAAAGAAAAGGAAGAGAAAGAAAAGCAAGACAAAGAAAAACAAGAAGAAAAGAAAGAAUCUGAAACUAAAGAUGAUGAUUAUAGACAAAGAUAUUCCCGAACUGUUGAAGAGCCAUAUCAUCGCUAUAGACCAACUUCAACUUCGACUUCUUCAUCAUCCACCUCUUCGCUCUCCACCUCCACUAGCUCUCUUUCAAGUUCAAGUCAGCUAAACAGACCAAACAGCCUUAUAGGUAUAACUUCUGCCUAUUCUCGGAGUGGAACAAAGGAAAGUGAGAGAGAAGGGGGCAAAAAAGAGGAAGAAAAAGAAGAAGAUAAGUCACAGCCCAAAUCUAUACGGGAAAGGCGGCGACCAAGAGAAAAACGACGAUCUACAGGAGUUUCAUUUUGGACUCAAGAUAGUGAUGAAAAUGAACAAGAGCACCAGUCUGAUUCAGAAGAAGGAACAAAUAAGAAAGAAACUCAGAGUGAUAGCCUUUCAAGGUAUGACACGGGAUCACUCAGUGUGUCUUCAGGUGAUCGUUACGAUUCAGCACAGGGGCGAUCUGGGUCACAGAGUUACCUUGAAGAUCGAAAACCUUACUGCAGUAGACUAGAAAAAGAAGAUAGCACUGAUUUUAAGAAGCUUUAUGAACAGAUCCUAGCUGAAAACGAGAAGCUGAAAGCACAGUUACAUGAUACCAACAUGGAACUUACAGAUCUUAAGCUACAGCUGGAGAAGACCACUCAGAGACAAGAAAGAUUUGCUGACAGAUCGCUCCUGGAAAUGGAGAAAAGGGAAAGAAGAGCUCUAGAAAGAAGGAUAUCUGAAAUGGAAGAGGAACUGAAACACCUGCAACAAAUAAAGCAGAUUCACUCUUUGAGGCACAUAAAUGAGCGUCUGGUGACUGAGAAUAGGGCCUUGACCCGUGUGGUUGCCAAGCUGUCAGGGUCCUGUAGGCAGCUGCGUCCUGUGGACUUGUAAUUUCUUCCUUCUGCUUUGUGUAGCCAGGCAGGUGCUGACAAUAAGUUUGUGCUUGGGUAGAAUUGUACUAUUAACACCUGUGUGUUGGGAGCUGACUUACUGCUUGGUGAUGGAAGUGUGGCUAAAGCAUGGUGUCUGGUGUACCAAAUGGAGAUGCUGCAGCUGUAUUGGUAUGGUGUGGUGUUGUUGAUACUAGCACAGAAGCUUGUUGUUUUUCCCUUGUAGCUAAGCUGGCAAGGGUUCACGAGAUCUUUGACGCCUUAACACCCUGGCAACGAUUUGAAAGGAUUUGUGUUGAGUUUGCAUUAGGAUACACUGAAGUCACCAGUUAGGAGUUUGAAUAAAUGCUUAAAUCAACAGAUUUAUCUCUGGUUUUCUAACAAAUUGAAGUUAAGAAUGGAUCUUUCUUACUGCAGUAUAAUUCAAAUGCAUAGAACUAAAAUAGAUCUAGCUGCAACUAAAGAAAGUUUGAAAGCUGAAAGUUGAGAUUCUGGUGCAGUACUCCGCAUUUCUGAACAGCUGCAUUAGCAACUGUAUUUUUUACAUUUGUCUGAUUUUAUGUUCAGAGAUUGUCGAAGUCUUCCUUUAAAAAUACUGACUUGAAAGUCAAUUUGUCUUUUCUAUACGGAAUUCCUGCCAGGUGCUGUACAAUCUUUAUUUUUAUCUUGACUGAGCUUAGAAUUUGCAAUUGUAGCUCUAAUUUGAAGGUUACAGAUACAUACUGCUACAUACGCCACGGGUGUUCCAGUUAUGGACCUAUGGUCCUAUCGUGCAAGGACUAAACAAAUGGACACAGAAACACUCUGCCCAGAGUGUUAGAUUGGUUUACACUUACUGGGUCAUCCUGUCCAUUCCCCUUCUGCUAAAGAUAUGAACUGUUUUAGCUGCCAUUUUGGAAAAAAACAUGGGUUUGUUGCAGUGUUACUGUAGGGCUGUUUGGGAAACCCACUGGAGGUUCAAAAAUCCUGCAUGGAACAGAAUAUAGUUUCACUCCAUGACAAAUCUAUUAGGCUUUCUUCCUCCUCUUACAUAACAGCUGUUUGAGGUGGAGGUUUCAGUGAGUUUUUAAGAUUUGUAGGUGCAGAUAAAAUCAUUUUCCUUCUGCACAGUGAUUCUUGCUAAUGUGUUUCUCCUUACCUGCCCCUCUUCCCUCUCAGAAGCAAAGAGAUGAGUGCACACUUUUCCUUUCUGCUUACGGAGUCAGAUCUCAGGUUUUUCCAGUCGGAGGCAUGAAAUAAAUAGCAACUUUAUCCUUUGGCUUUAUGUCUCCCUGAAGGUGACCUAACAAUAGGAUGUGGAUAGAAAGGUUGAUCCUAGUCAGCGCCCUGCAUUCCUGAACAUUCCCUUGCGUUAACCCUUAGUGAAUCAGUCGGCUCUCUGAUCUGGCUGAGAAGAAAUCCCAUUAGUGGUUGUACAGUUUGAUCCACCUUACUGCAGCAUGGUUGUGUAACUGAAGCUAGCACUCAGCAGCAGGAGCGUGUUGCUGCAGGAGGAGGGGGAACUGUCCCUUUAGGGCAGCCUGUCUUAGACCAGCUUCAGCUAACAACGUGGGUUUUCAACACAGCCAAGCUAAUCUAGUGUCAGCUGUCCACAGCCACAUGUCCCUACCAUGUUUUUUUUGCAACCACUGGCAUUCCUUUAGCAAUGCUAAGCCUUUUCAAUAUGUUAAACCACACAAAAUCAUUCAGUAUUCUCUUUUUUAGAGGAAGUUUUAAAAGGCAGAUCACGGUGAAGCUCAAGGAGCAGCACUAGCAAAGAAAAGCUUGGCUACACAGCAGGGAGGCUGGACGUUUUGAUGGUAGCUUGACCAUAGCACUGUGGCUGAUUAAUCUGAACAGUUGUCUUGACAGUGCAUGAGCUUUCUCUAAUCAUAAUGUACAGAGCUCUUUGUUACAUACAAACUGUUAAAUCCUCCAGCAAAUAAAGACAUUAUUACUGAGCUGGUUCCAGCAAGUGGUUAUUGAAAAAUUAUUUGAUCUGCUACAGUACUGCAAAGUUACCAGCUAAUCAUGUAAUACAGGUAGGCAAAAUAAUGCAUUUUUAAUCUUAUUCAAGAAUCUCAUCAAGGCAAGAUACUCUAUUACUUAACUGAAAAGGAAAUUGGAAUUUAAAGUACUAAGUACAGUAUGUAAUUGCAAAUUGUAGUGGGUUUCAUGCAGAGCUUUUUUUCUGCUUCUCCACGUGAAAGUCAUGUGAUGCCAUGUCGUAAUAAGUUUGAGUACCAUAGGAAUGCACUGCUCCAAGAAAAUUGCAUAAAUGUCUUUAGUUGGGCUUAGUAUGUAGUUUUAUAUGUCAGGAUUAGUAUAGAUGGGAAGUGCAAGUAUUUUAUGUUGCCUAACCUUAUCCUUUUUUAUAAGUCUCCUAUUACUUACAACUCCUUUUGUCUUCCACCUAUCUUCCUCCAUUCUUUAGCAGACUUAUAACAAAAGAAAAUAUUUUCUUAAUAUGUAUUCUGCCUGUUACUUUAAUGAGGAUUUAAAUUUAUCCACAAUCAUUUGCAGACAUGUAAUAGUACCAGAUUGUGUUAAAUCUCUAAAUUUGAACGGGGCCUUUUUGCUGUUAUUAAAAUGAUUAAUCAGAAAAUGCAGCAGUUUCUGGGUCUGCCUGCAUAAUGUAUUAUUGACUGCUGCUUCCUAGUCACUAAGUUGAAGGACUGUAAAGUAACUGGAAUUGCUGUGGUUAGAUGGGCUCUCCAGACUGGUUCUUGCCCCUUCUUGUCCCAGUAGACCCUACCCAGUCACAAGACACUAAUUGGAGGUCACAAAUCCAAGACAUCAGAAUGAAAAAUACAGAACGCGUUUGAUCCCUAUAUGUGUAUAUAUGAGAAUUCUCUUGGAUAGUGCCAUAGCUUCUUGCUUUUUUCCCCCUGCAGGCACUGCAUUUCAUGGAGUAGGUAGCAGCAUUAAUUUAACCGUGCAAACUCACAGAACACAAAAUUCUCUCUUCUUACUCUUAAGAUUUGGGUUUUUUUGUGUGUGAAUUUUCUCACUGUGAGUUUUUCAGAAAGUAAGUCAAUGUCUCUUCAGAGCAAAUACAUGACAUGAAGUGGUGGUAAUAAUUUGUCGUACAGUGUAAAAACCACAGAUAUUAUUUGAAAAUUGUCAAAUGAUGCCUUGUGUUGCUCAUGUUCAAAUAUGUUGACGUGGUUUUUGAAAGCAAUUGGUACCUAUGGCACUUGAAAUUCAGAGCACAGCUUUCACUUGACUGUGAUAGAAGCUGUAGAAUUAAAGCACUCUGGCUCCCUGUGAAGAGUUCAGUUUGGGUGGCUUGCCCUGAGCCACACUAUGGAGUAGAGCUGGAAUCCAGGACAGCAGAAUGAUUCUAGUUGUGGAGAUCACCUUUUUUCCCACUUGUUAUCCUGUUACCUUUUGUUUCACAUACUCCGCUAUUUGCAGGUAAAGAAAGUAGAGAACCCGCAGCCUCAGUCCUGCCUUGUGCACCAUCCUGUUCACUCUGUGAGAAUCUGCUGCUAGCAAACUGAUUGUGGACAGGAAUCCUUUGGAGGAGAUGUGUAAAUGAAGGCUUAAACUUCACAGUUCCUUCUGCUCCAUAAUAAUGUUCUGAGUAUAAGGGGUCUGCAAGUAUGAUUUUGCAAGGAUAAAAUGAAAACAAAACUAGUGGCGUGGAAGUUUCAUCGUGAAAAAUGAAGUAGUGGUUGUUACAUUGGUCAUCGGUUGGACCUCUUGUGUGCUCUUGCACCUUGAAGGUUCCUGAAUAACUACACUGUAGGAAUAGGCUGUUGCCCCCUGUGGAAACCUGCUGUUAGAAACCAUACAUGGAAUAUGGCUGUGAGUUUUAUAGGUGGU